GAGCCUUUAGUACAUGUUCACUCAUAAAAACUCAAACAAAUUUGCCCAUAGAGAAAUAAAGAAGAAAAAGCAAAGAGUUGGUCUAUAGAUAGCCAUUAAUUAUGGGGAGUGAUGUGCCAUCGCUACCGAUCGACCCCAAAAUCUCUCGUCAAGAUUUCCCUAAGGAUUUCGUGUUUGGCUGCGCUACCUCUGCUUACCAAGUUGAAGGAGCUUUUGCACAAGGUGGUAGAGCCUUUAGUACAUGGGAUGUUUUCUCCAAUGGCUAUCCAGGGAACAUUCUGGAUGGAUCCAAUGGAAAUGUGGCUGUCGAUAUGUACAACAGAUACAAGGAAGACAUCAAGACGAUGAAGAUCAUGGGCUUUGAUGCUUACAGAUUUUCAAUCUCAUGGUCAAGAAUAUUGCCUGGUGGGAAAGUCUCCCUUGGUGUCAAUCAAGAAGGCAUAGAUUACUACAAUGAUCUCAUCAACACUGUCAUCGAUAAUGGCAUGAAACCAUACGUGACUCUCUUCCAUUGGGACCUUCCUUACCUACUAGAGAAAGAGUAUGGCGGUUUCUUGAGCCACAAGAUAGUGGACGACUUUCGGGACUUUGCGGAUCUAUGCUUCUGGGAAUUCGGGGACCGCGUGAAGCACUGGAUCACGAUAAAUGAGGCGUGGACCUAUAGCGCCUCCGGCUACGCCAGUCGCCACUUUCCCCCGGGCCGCCACGGCUACUUUGGGCCCGAGAACGAGCCCAAAAGUACGGGCACGGAUAUAUUCGCUCUGGAAGAGGACGAGGGGCAGAACUUCAUCCCCUAUAGAGGGGCCCGUGUGGCUCAGGAGACGAGAGUCGAGAUCGAUGAUUUCAGCUUCACUCUCAGGAAGCUGGUGGCCCCACCAAAGGACGAUGAGGAUGUCGAGAAGGCAAGGGAGGCAUACACUGUCGGCAGAAACAUUCUGCUCUCGCAUGCGGCCGCUGUUGAAACGUACCGCAAGCAUUUUCAGGAACUUCAAAAGGGUAAGAUUGGAAUAACGAAUUGUAUCCACUGGUUUGAGCCGUUCGAUGAAACAAAGGAUGAGGAUGUGAAAGCCGCCCGUAGAGCCUUUGAUUUUAUGCUGGGAUGGUUUAUGGAGCCUGUGCUGACGGGUCAAUACCCGAAGAACAUGUUGGAUUUUGCUCCCCGCGAGUAUCUCGAGCCAUUUAAUGAAGAAGAGUCAAAGCUGCUCAAAGGGUCGGUUGACUUUGUGGGAAUAAACUUCUACACAGCAAUGUAUGCUCAAUAUGAUCCCAAUUCCGAUGCUAAUGAAGGCUACUACAAAGAUCAGAAGAUCAAAUUUAAGUAUGUGAAAAAUGGUCUGCCCAUAGGUGAUUCGACUGGUUCAAGCUGGCUAUACGUAGUCCCGUGGGCAUUUUGGAAGCUCCUCAAAUUCUUGAAGGACACCUACGACAACCCUACUUACAAACUCCCUCCUAUAUACAUUACUGAAAAUGGGUGUGAUCAACAAAAUGACCCUCAGCAGACUCCUUCCCAAGCAUGUAAGGACACGCAAAGGGUCAACUAUUACCGUGAUCAUCUCGCAUAUAUGCAGAAAGCAAUCAAGGAAUUGAACGUGAAGGUGGAGUCGUACUUCGCAUGGUCAUUUUGCGACAAUUUUGAGUGGUACGAUGGGUACAGGUCCAGGUUUGGAAUCCUGUACAUAGACUUCAAGAACGACCUCAAGAGGUACCGCAAGGACUCGGCCAUGUGGUGGACUAAGUUCCUCCUCAAGGACAAAGAGGCCAAUGGUGAUGAUGAGGGGAAUACCAAGGCAAUUAUUUGAAUCUUAUUUAUGUUUGUGAGUUAUGCACUAAAGUUUGUGUUUUUGGUUAAAUAAUGUAAUGUUUGUGUUUGUGUGUGCUUGAAUUGAUGAUGAAUAAAUGAUACUGAUGGGAUAUAUAACCCAACAGUGUUGUGUUUGUAUUUUCAUUAUUCGAGUUUGGAACUCUAAUUUCGAUUGCAUGCUAAUGGAAUAAGAGCUUCUUCGUAAUUAUAUGAGGAAGAUCACAAUUUCGUGCUACGAAGUCGCUUUGGUAUGGUUCGGAUCUAUGUGGUUGAUGAAGCCGUUGCCUAUGAGUUUUUGUCGAAUAAACUUUAUAAUAGUUGAAUCUUAUGUUCGAGUGCUCUUAACACAAAUAAGAAUGUAUUGUUUGUGUAUUUUGUUUGAAUGACAAGCAGAAACUUUUGUGUUUGUAUUAUUACAAGGACAAGGUGUUCAAGAAGAAAUUUGGAAUCCGGGGAAUAAUUUCUACUUGCCAUCGGUAGGGAUGUUUAAAUUUCG